AGUAUUCGGCCGCUUGUCGAACGCGAUGCCUGGCGUCCCGACGCUACAGGCGCUAUUCCAAAACUCUUAGUGCAAGUGUAUCUUCAUCUCAACUGUUAUGCUUAGUGUUAGUUAGAGAAACUUUAUGAAAAACGGUUAUUAAGUAUUUUUUGUCUAUAGAUGUUCCGUUUGUGACUGUCAGUCAGUAUUUUGGACUUUAUCGCUUUGGAAAAACCCUACUUGAAUCUAAUUAGAAAAGUUCCCCUAAUCAUCGCAGUAUUCUAUUGAGGUUAUAUUCUUCUCUACAACUUCGGACAAGAGGACUCGAAAUAAACUACUUAUAAACAUUGAUCUAUUCUCGGCGUGCAUUCCUUUGAUAAUAAAAUAAAACUUGAACAAUUUUUGGCUAGUGCCUUUUCCACCAACCAGAGACAGUGGCGGCGCAGGUUGUGAAAAGGGGAGUGCGGUUGCGACAACCUGCAACGCCCCAGUCGCACCAGCCAAAAAAGGACAACAUAAAAAAGCCGAAGAAGCGCAAUCCUAAUAAGACCCUGGCGAGGGCAUCGAACAAGGGAUGCACGCCAAUGUGCACUCUGACAGGAACGAAUGGCGUUUGCCACCGGAUGAUACACUGCAAGUCGGUGAAUCGAAAACAAAGAAGUCGGAGGUAGGUGACGAAGAGGAGCUAGCACUUCAUGAAGAUGAAGGUCAUAAUUGGUGGUCCAUCAUAUUUUCGUUGCUAGUAAUCGGUUUAGUAAUUUCUGGAAUAGUGGCCGCCAUCUUUAUUGUGGGUUACGUAGACGAAUUACUCUACUGGCACGGACAACGAAUGCAGCUAGAAGAACUGUUAGAGGGUGACCUAACGCCACGAAGAUUACCUUCAUCAUGGCUUUCUUCCAAACACUUCGUUUUCCAAUCCGAUGACGGAAGUCUUUCCAUUUUAGAUACUAGUAAAAAUUUCAGCGUUACUGUUUUAGUUACAAAUAAUACUUUGAGGCAGCUCAACGUCAAAGGGUAUCAGUGCUCAAAAGAUCUAAGCUACGUGCUCUUCCAACAUAACCUCAAAUCAGUAUUUCGACAAUCCUUUACAGCGCACUACACGAUAUAUGACGUUAGUAAAGACCACUAUAGACCAUUAUCAAUGUCGGAAAAUGUUUUGCAAGAAAUGGAAAAUAAAAGUCAUCACAUUCCAGUUCGGUUAGAAGCGUCACCGAAAGCGCAACCUGAACGCCUACAAUAUGUCACUUGGUUAGGAGACACCACGUCAUUAUUAAUAGUAUUUAAUAACGACAUUUACCAUAGAAAAUCCCCUACAGAUGAAUCUGAUACCAGGAUAACCUUUACGGGUCAACCGGAUAUUAUCUACAACGGGAUUCCAGAUUGGUUAUACCAAGAGGAUAUUUUACAAAGUCCAGAGGCCUUGUGGAGUUCCUAUGAUGGAACCCACCUAUUAUAUGCCACAUUCAACGAUAGUCAAGUAGGUACCAUGAAUUUUCCAUGGUUCCAAUUUAAUGCUGGAUCCGUUUUAGGAUCCGCGGGGGCUUACCAAAGGGCCCCCUCGUUCCCUUCUUCCAGAACAUUAAGGUACCCAACGCCGGGGACUCCUAUACCGUCAGUACAACUUUGGAUUGUAGAUAUUUCAAAUAUAACCUCAUUAGAAUAUCAUCUUGUUCAACCACCGAAAGCCUUACUAGAUCUUGAUUAUUACCUAACGUCAGCAGGCUGGGUCGGCCAUAAAAAUACACAAGUAUCAGUAGUGUGGAUCAACAGAGCACAAAAUUUAAGUAUCAUUUCAGCAUGCUUAGCGCCUAACUGGACUUGUAUUGAGACACAUACCGAGAGGGCCAGAGAUCAAUCUUGGCUUGAAAUCCAAGAGCAUCCGGUAUUCUCUCCGGACGGUGAUAGUUACCUGCUAUUAGCGGCAGUACAAGAAGGAAGUCGCGAAACAUACACUCACAUCAAACACGUGACUGUUACGCAACAACGUAUCGCAGUAUUGAGUCAUGGGAGGCACGAAGUCUCGAAAAUACUUUUUUGGGAUACUGUUAGUCAUUUUAUUUAUUAUUUGGCGUCGGAAGAAAAUCGUCCUGGUCAACGACAUUUGUACGUCGUUCGCGACCCCAGCACAGACGACCCACGUCGUGUUGAAUCCUAUUGUAUCACGUGCGAUUUGGGGGACGUCCUUUGGAGUAGUCGCUAUCUUUACCGGAACUGCACUCAUUUCAGUGCUCAGGUUAGUCCCCGUUUUGAUGAAUCCAGCUCCCCAUUCUACGUCCUUCAUUGUGAAGGACCAGGGCUUCCAUUAGCUGCUAUGCACAACGCAAGUAGUCACACACUCCUCAAAAUAUUAUAUGAUACUCGGCCAAGCAAAUGGCCAUUAUUAGAAAAAUAUGCUAUGCCCAAAAAGAAAUCUUUAGAGGUGCCUUUGCCACAAGGUAGUAGAGCGCAAGUUCAGCUCUUGCUGCCGCCUUCAUGGAGAGAAGAACUAAGGGAUGCUGCCUAUCCUGUGUUAGUUGAAGUAAAUGGCAGACCAGGUAGCAAAUCGGUGACAGAAGAAUUCCAGGUCGACUGGGGGACAUACAUGUCAAGUCAUUGUGAUGUAGUUUACAUUAAACUUGACGUCAGGGGUGCUAGAGGUCAAACGGACCGUUCGAUAUAUCACCAAAUAGGCGGAAUCGAAGUUCAAGAUCAAGUAACAGUGCUGGAACAUUUGUUAGAGAAACACAAAUAUUUGGAUAAAACACGUGUGGGGAUUUGGGGUUGGGGUUAUGGUGGAUACGUCACCGCGAUGGUUCUUGGUUUGGGCAAUCAACAAAAGGUGUAUAAGUGUGGUAUAUCGGUUAGUCCUAUAGCAGACUGGCUUUUUUACAAUGCUGCUUUCACGGAACGAAUUAUGGGCUUGCCAAACGAAAAUUAUAAGGGAUAUGUAGAGGCUGAUGCAACUCAGCGAGCACGAAAUAUUCCGAAACGAUCCUUCUUCCUAAUUCAUGGCAUGGCCGAUCUCACAGCACCCUAUCAACAUGGUGUGAUGCUUGCCAGUGCCCUCACCGAGGCGAGGGUGCUCUAUCGAUAUCAAAGUUAUGCCGACGAAGGGCAUCAACUGGAAGGCGUGAUAGAACACGUCUAUAAUUCUAUGCAAAAUUUUUUUGAAGAGUGCCUUAACCUCGACACAGACGAAAAAGCGAAGGAAAGAGAGGAGAAAAGAGAUGAGGACAAAUAAAGAACGAACAAAAAAGAAAA